AUGCCUGGAGGUAAGUUCAUUCGCCCAGAUGGCACCCGCAUCUCAGAAGAUGUGACCCUGGAAAAGCCCUCGUGCGUACAUUGGGUUAAUGUGAAUUUUCGACAAUUUGGUGGGCGAAUUGCAAACUAUGGCGGCGAAGAACUGAUGCGCCUUAUGGCCCAAAAGAUUCGUUCAGGGGUCGUUACUAUAAGCACAGAACCCAAGCACCAUACUCACUCUGGUUGUCUUUCUCUGCCUGUUGUAGCAAACCCGCGCCUUUCCCUGGCGCAGGUUUUGAACACUGCAGCUGAGAUUGCGGACUGGCACGUCGAUGAAAUUGCGGCUGGUAGGGAAACCCUGGACGUUCAGAGCAUCAAGGCCUUCUAG